AAAGUUAUAAAUUUGUGUCAAACAAUGUAUUGCAAUAUAACGGUUCGUGACCUGAGACCAAAUCGAUCAGCCGAUGCCAGGAGUGUGUAUCGGUUGUCACAAAUUGAUGACAAUUGUAUGGAUUUAUACCAAUAUUUUGUUAAAAAGUUUAAUAAUACGACUGAUUUUGUGUUAACCCUGACUGACAACACCCCACUCUGUCCCGAAAAUUUCAAAGAUGUGAUGACCGAUGAUCUUGAGCUUCAUAUCUAUGAGACGCUAUCAGAAAAUGUGAUGAAAUGUGAGGUCGAUAUCGCUCCACAUCCGGACACUAUAACAAAGUCGGGAAUGUAUGAGUACUAUGACUCCCGAGGUAUCGAUUCAGUAGUCAUAUCAAUAGCAGAAUUGAUCGAUAACUCAUUGGCCGCCACUAAGGAUAACGACGGUUUAAGACUUGUUGAGAUCCGUUAUUAUGACUAUGGAUCAGAUUCAUUGCUCGUCAUUAUCGACAACGGCUGUGGAAUGGGUCGAAACGAUUUGACAAAUUGGGCCAAAUUUAAGUGCUCGAAGUUUGUCAGAAAUGGUGCCAACAAUGAAUCAAAUCAGACACACAAUAACAUUGAUUUGACUUCAUUUAAUUCAUCGCAUCUACCACUUAGUGGACUUCGUGAUCGCCAAUCAAUGCCACCGCCGAGUCCUCGACGAAUGAUUCGAUAUUUGGACAGUAAUAUAAACUAUUUCGGUGCGGGUGGCAAACAAGCCAUCUUUAAUAUCGGCGAAACCACUACAAUGAUCACGAAGGCUGCAGACGAAGAGUGUGUCUUUGAAUUGACACUUUCGAAGAGUAAAUUUGAUGAAAAAACUCGUAUUAAUCCGAGCGGUGUUUAUAAAGAAGAACUCAUUCAGAGAACGAAAGGAUCUGAAAGACCUUUGAAAAAAAACCCUACAAUUAUGGAUCAAAUCGAGAACUCAAUUAUUAUUGAAAUUGAAAACGAUUACAAAAGUUUCACCAUUUGCUGUAUAAAAGAUGUCUUUGCGAAACAUCACAUUCAGUUCAAACGGAAUACGGAAAACAUGAACUAUUGGACUAAAGGUUUAGCCAGAGUUUAUCACUAUUAUCUUCACGGACCCGAUGGUAAUAAAAAUGAAAAACAAAAUAUUGUUAAAGAACUACAGGAUAUCAAUAUUAUUAUAAAGAUAUUUCAGAUUAAACUCGAAGAGAAUAUCGAAACACAAUUAAAACAUCAAAUAAAUUUGAAAGAUAUUAACGAUGAUUACGAAUCACUUUUAAUUCGUUCGGCAAAGGAUUCAUUUCUGUUUGAAGUCGAACAUUCAGACCGACAAAACAGUGAUAACAUGCCAGCGGUUAUUGAAGGAGUUAUUCGUUAUCAUCCGUAUGAAUACGAUAGUGAAACUAUACCGGAGCUCACAAUAUAUGAUGAUCUGACCGAAUCCACGUCUGUUGCGUCUUCGAGAACUAUCGAUGAAGACAUUGAAGAUUGUAUGCAAAAAGCAACCCGAAAGAAGAUGCGUGAAGUGUUUGAAUGUUUUUGGCACGGAAGACUUAUACCACAAGAUUGCAUUGACUUUGAAUGGAAUAAAUACAAUCCGAAGAAUACCAAUUGUACUAAAGAACUUGAAGAAUGCUAUAACCGAUUAUCCGGUGCACUCUUUACUGACGCCUGUUUUCAAGUCUCACAAAAUAAGCAAAGUUUUAUGGAUUUGAAUCGAUUGAUGUCUCAAACACAGAAACUUGUGUUUUAUAAAGUUGAUGGACAAGGAAGAAGAGUCAGAUGUAAUUUCGAAAAUGAAUUUAUGAAUUGGCUUAAGAAUUGUCAUACAAAACUCGAUAAACAGGUCCACUAUUUUGAGUAUCAAUGUGAUAUACCACGUGUUGAUAUUCAAUCUUUAAGGAAGCUUUCGAUAACUAACGUGUUUUCUGUGUUUAAUAAAAUUGAGUGGAGAAACAAAUUUUUGAAAAAAGGAGAUAUCAUUCAAACACAACACACUAGACCUCAGAAAUUAAUUGGAAAAAUUGAUAAAUUCUUAGUUCCCGUUAAAUGUAGCGGCGAUUACAUCGGUUCUCCCGGUUUUGUUGAAAUACAUCAAUUGCCUGAAGAAAUCUAUGGAAAUGGUUCUGAAUCGUCAAAAAUAAUUCAUUUCAUUAAAAUUAAUAUUGAAGCCGAAUUGGACAUAAUUGGCCAAGAAUUGGACAAACUUUAUUGUCGAUUACCCGAAAGUAUUAAAUUGACUUUUCCUAAAAGGUAUCCAAUAAAAGAAGGCGACCAACUUGUGGCCGGUCGACCUAUUGGUGACAUUAGAGUCGAACUCUUGAAUUCUAAUUCUGAAAAAUUACAAACGGAUCGCAUUCCGUAUAAAGGAACUCAUAAAAAGCUAAGCAUUCAAUUGGAAAUACUUCGCGAAAUUGAAAACAACGAAACAGUUACUGAAAUUGAGUAUCCUUUGGCACAUUAUUCAAAGGAUUGGGAUUAUUGGUUCACACAAACAGAUGGCAUUAAUAAGGCUGGAAAGUAUCAAAUAGUUUGUGUUUGUCUUAACUCAACCACUGGAACUGAUAGCUCAAUGACAGCAAAGUUUGCAAAUGGAGAUGCGCUGCCUUCUCUACCACCCAUGAAAUUUACUGUCAUUCCCGAUGAGACCAAUCAUUUUGUUGUCUCUGAAAAUAAUCUGAAAGUUAUGAUUGGAAAACCAUUUAAUCUGACACUUGAAUUGUUCGAUCAGUUCGAUAAUUUAGUGAAACCCGAUUCCAAUACAGUAUAUUCACCUGAAAUUAAACACAAUGAUUUCAUUGUCAAUGUCGAGGCGACUGAGAUUAAAGGCCAUAAACUUAUAUUGAAGAAUGUGGUUAUAUUAGGAAAAAUAAUGGACAAUAUUAUUAUAACAUUUGAGAUAUCAUUGAUGUCGAUUGAAAAUAAAGAAAAGUUGGACAUUGAGGUGCAAUUGGGAAACCCUAUUGAUAUUAUAAUAGAACCUAAUCUUCCAAUUGAAGCACAAAACAACUCGAUUCCCGAAAUAGAAGUUUAUUUGCAUGAUAUGGGAGGCAAUGAUGUGACACUUAUCCGCAGAAAUCAUAAUGUUGUGGCAAAAGUGUUUGAACUCAUAGACAAUGAACAUAAAAAACAAGUAUUUCCUGAAAUCAAUUUAGUCAACCGUUCGUAUGACAAUCAUUUCUAUCUAACCAUUAAUAAACAAAUCAGUAUUAAAGAAUCCGAUAUUCCUCUUCAUUUAAGGACUUUUGUCAUAAAAUUUUUUCUGAAAUACGACAUAAAUGUAUUCAAAGAAAUAUCAUUAGUUUUGUUGCAAAGUAAUCUACAAGAAGAGUCUACAACUUUAAGAAGUAAUACGAAAGAUAAUAAUAUUAAAGUUAGUAAAUGUUUGACAACCAAUAAUAACAAACGAAACUUAUCUGCAAAUGAAAACCCAGACAACAUUAUUAGACCUAAAAAAUCAAAAAUUAUAAGAAUUAAUCGUAAUAUCAGAAACACAUCCACUAGUAGUGACAUGAUAUCAGAUGAGACGCCAUCGACAUCAAGAAACGAAACAAUUACACCACAAAUAAUGACAUCAACACCAAUCAGAUCGCAAACUCCUUUAUUUCCCAAUGAAUCUACAAUAAGAGCACAGUCUUUGAAUUCAACACAAACACUACCAUUGACUCGCGUAAUACCUUCAACCUCGACAGUUAUUACACAAGUAUCAGCUGAUCCAAACACAAGUACUACAUCAAUAUCAUCACAAUCUGAUUCAAUACCAUUGAAAUUGAUAUAUGAGAAAACCCUUGAAGACGGAAGACAAGAAAUGGUUGAAAUUCUUAGUCAACAAUUAACGAGUGAUUCUUUUCAGCCGAGUGUUUAUGUCAUUGGAAUCGAUAGCGAAGAAAGAACUCAAGAAAAUCUUACUGAAGAAGAGAAUAGAAUUGUUGAACAAAUCGUGCAAUUAUUCAAACAAUUAAGAGAUAUUCAGAAAAAUAGAAAUUCUUUAUUUAAUAAUAAUUAA